AUGACUUUUGAGGAGCUUCAAAAGCCGUCCUUUACCUCUGUCUCAACUUCGAUGCCACCACCACAACCAUCCAAGGGGCCUACGAGAUCUUCGCAGUUCUCCCCUUUAUUUACCCCCGUUCCCCCUCUACUUACCCCCCUCUCCCCUCAUCUUGCCCCAUUUUAUCCCCCACCCCGUUCCCCCCCCUGCUCCCCACCCACAUCCAGCUUCGAUUCCGCCACCACCACCAUCCAAGCGACCCACAAGAUCUUCGCAGCUCUCCCCGUCGCCCCGCCCGUCUACAUCACGCUGGCAGGCACAACCGUCCCCGGAUGCGACCCGCUCAGGUGCAGCCUGCCCCCGGGCAACCCCACGUGGGUGCAGCCCGUGCCGUCCGUGUGGCAAGCCAUCGGCACGUUCACCAGCACCCCUGCCACGGACCCCGAGCGUUACGGCGCGCUGCUGCAGCUGAUUGAUAACUCGCUGGUGUUCCCCGGGGUGGUCAUGGUGUAUAAGGACGCGCAGGGAGCCAUGCGCCCCGUCAUGGGACAGCUUCUGGAAGUGGGUCCCAUCCCAGCAUACGUGCCAAGCCCCCAAUACGUGGUUCGCUUCCUCUCCUACAUGCCAGGCGGUGCCAACAUCUCCCUCUCGCAGUCUGCCGAUGGGCUGUCCUUCCAGGCGAGCUUCGCUCUUGCCGUGGUCGUGCCCUCAGAGGAGCCCAUCAGCGUCUUCCUCAACGUCAACCUGCUUGAUGCCCUGCCACCACCCCCCUUGCCCCCUGCCGGGGGCUUUGCGGGCUUGACCCCGGAGGCGCUUGCGGCGAGUGAUGGGUACAAUGCGUUGGUGGCGCUUAUGCAGUAUGCGGUGACGGGUGUGAAGGGAAUGCUCGUGAAUGCGACGAUGAAGCUGGCUGCGAUUGACCAGUCCAAUGGCCCCAACGACCUCUUGCAACGUGUAUAG